AUGACCAAGAAGAGUCAAAAGAAGUCUAGCAAGGGUGUUACUCUUGACUUGAACACUUUUCUUACCACUCCAGCUCAAGGUGAAUUCAAUUGGGCCGAAGAGAUGGAGGAACAACCAACAACAACCACCAGUACUUCAUCAGGUGGACUCACUUUGGAAGAAUUAAGAGCCAGUAGCAGUGCUGGUGAUAACACAAGAGGCGGUUACUCCAAGGGAGGCUUUGGUUACAGUGCUCGCCAAGAAAGCAACUUCUCACGCGAGAUUGGAUCAACUGAAUCAAAAGUGAAGCCUCCUUCUUUCUUUUCUGAAGGAGCACCACAGAAACCAAAAACAUCACAAUUUGAGUCUUCAUCAUCUUUCCGUGAAGAAAGAAGAGAGAGAAAACAACAUCCACAACAUGAAUUACCAACAGAAAAACCAUUCGUUGCUUUCAUUGGCAAUCUGAACUAUGAUGUAACAAAAGAAGAUUUGCAAGAAUUCUUUGGAACUUGUCAUCCAAUUAACGUUUCUAUUCCACGUGAUAAAGAAACACACAAAAUCAAAGGAUACGGAUAUGUCGAAUUUGAUACUGUUGAAGAUUUGAAGUCUGCUUUGGAACUCAACGGAGAAAAUGUGCUUGAUAGAGCAAUUAAGAUUGAUAUUGCAGCACCUGAAACUGCUAGCAAAGUGACUGUGAGUAACAGAGACAACUUCAGACAAAACAGAGAAGGAGGCUUUAGACAACAACAACACAGACCAAGAGAUGAUUUUGAAGAAAGAAGACAACCACCAUCAAUUGCAGAUAAAUCCGAUAACUGGAGAAGUGGAGGUGAUGAUUUGGGUGACAUUAAUCCAUUUGGUAAUUCAAAGAAGAAAGCUCCUACUCGUAAACCAAAUCAACAACAGGAAAAUGCAUCUCCAUUCGGAUCAUUCAACAGAAAACCAAAAGAAGGCUCAGAUGAAACGAAGCCUGUCCAAGAAAAAUCAAAGCCAUCACCAUUCGGAGAGGGCAAAGCAUGGGAACCAAAGGAAAAAGAUUUACAAGGACCUAAUCUUGAUAUUUAUACUUCAAAGAAACCAAAAGAAAGGACUGAAAAGAAAGAGCAUGUAGAGAAGAAGGAAGGAGGAGAAGAUAAAGACUUUUCUGGAUUCCAAACAGCCACUUCAAAGCCAAGAGGUGGAAGAAGAUAUGCUCAACAAGGCACUAGAGGAGGUUUUACCAAGAAGAGAGGAGGAGCAAAUUCAUCUUCUCGCACCAACGAUCACAAUGCGGAAGAAGCUGAAGGUGAACAUACAGAAAGCAACAAUCCCUAUGCAGCCCUAAGCGAACAAACUGACGAGUAA